UUUCUUUCCCUAAGCUGCUCUGUAAAUGGGUAUUUGUCUCAUACUGUGCUAAAGUUCACAGAUUGAGCGAGGAGGUAAGGCGGCGUUGAACAGCAGCGAUGGAACAGAAAAGCAGCUUGAAGAGUAUAAUCAGGCCCUACAAGCCCACAGAUAAGUCAGCUAUUGUCUCUCUCUUCCGCUUUGGGAUCCUGGAGCACGUCUACCCAGCUUUCUUCAAAGCCAUGAGUCAUCCGGACCACAUCGGCAUGACCCUCAGCGUCUCCGUGGCUGGAUAUGUGCUCGGAGGAUCCUCGUACUUCCUGGCCGUGCUCUUCGCAGGAGCCUGGGCUUGUUUGGUCUACUAUUGCUGCCACGAGAUUUACGAUGCCUUCCUCAGGAGGAAGCUAGAGGCAGAAAUGGCUGACAUUCAGGCCAACUUCAUGGACAGCCAGGCGAAUGGAUUCUGGGUGGUGGAGAUGGAGGUGAACGGGAAGUCAAAGGUGGUCGGGCUGCUGGCUGCGGUGAAGAGAGACGGAUGGGACGCAGAUGCGGGCGACGGACCGUCUCUAGAGGUGUUUCAGUUGGUCGUGUCCUUCAACCAGAGAUGUAAAGGUGUGGGAACCCAGCUGGUCGAAACGGCCGUGGAGUUUUGCAAGGAGCAGGGACUUUCUCGAGUUAUCAUAGAAAUCAGCUCCCCGCAAACGGCAGCUCUUUCGCUUUUCCGCAAACUUGGCUUUAUUGUGACGUCUGGGAACAGCAAAACACACGCUUACCAUUUGGUGUCAAAACUGGCCCGGAUCAAUGUUAUACGAAUGGAAAAGCAUCUGUAAAAUGCUACUGUAUGUUGAAGCCUUAUAAAGAUUUUUUAGAUUUUUUUUUUCUCCCAUUU